UCGCUGACUGGUAACUUGUAUCUCCUCCUCCAACCAGAGGCACAGAACAAACAUCAGCCUUCGUCUGCCGCGAGUCUGAGUCCAACGCUGUUGCUCUUUAGAUUGACCACCCCUCGCAUGCACCAUGAACUGUGUGUUCAUUGUAAUGAUGAUGUUUCUUGGCUCUUCAAUGGUGAUGGCAUUUGUCUUGCAGCCAUCCAGGGAAAAACUUGCAGCCUCUGCAAACUCCAAUCACAGGUGUGAGGGUGAGUCAUUGCAGUCCAUCAGGAAAGGUCUCCUCAGGGCUCUUAACCUGCAGAUUGAGCCUCGGCUGCCAGUUGCUGGAUUGGACAGAGUCACAGAGCAAUGGAGGAGAACAUUCAGGAAUGCUGAACACAGAGCCAGAGAUUCUAACUCCCUCUACUCUCUCUCCCUUCCAUCCAUCUCUGGCAACCCUGUGUCAAAUGUUGAUGGAAACAAUACGAGCACGAAAUGCUGUACCGUGGCCUCUGAGAUCUCCAUGAAAGAUCUAGGAUGGGACAGCUGGAUGAUCCUCCCUGUCAGUGUAACCAUUGUUCAGUGUGCACUCUGCAGCCCCGAAGGGAACAUCGUGCAAUGCCCAUCAUCCCAGUCCUAUGUGCAGGAUGCAGACUCACAGGUCCUGUUACCAUGUUGUCAGCUCACCUCUCAGGAAAAGGUGCAUGUCAUGUACCUGGAUGAAUCCGGCACUGUGGUCCUUUCGUCCAUGGAGCUAAACAGCAGUUGUGGAUGUGGACACAGCGACCACCAGCAGCCAAGCGAAGAGUAAACUUUGAUUCAUAGUCCUGUGGUUAUGUCACCUAGGACACACAAUAAAAUGUAUUUACAGGAUACUUAAUCCUAUAUCCUUAUUGUGUAUUAAACAUUGGCUGUGGAAACCAAAGUAGUAGUGAAUCAUUCCUGUCCCUCUGUUAAAGCCAGACAGAAUGAUGUGCCAUCAAUGGCAGCAUCAUAAAAGUGAUCAGUAAUGUUUAAGUGUUACCACUUUGGACAAAAUUCCAGCUAUAAUCUGCCUUCAAGUGCUGUUUGAUUUGAUCAACAAUUGCCAAAAAUAAAGCCUCCAUUAUUUGUUAUAUUUCUGUCAAUAAUUUAAAGUCUUUCUUCUGUAUCAAGAGCUGGAUGUGAAGUGAAGCUGGAACGAGUGUGAGAAAUACUGCUAGAUAAUCUUUAAAUAAACUGAUGACUAUUCAG